AGCAUGACUAGACCAAGGAAUCACGUUUCGCUUUAUCAUAAAUGUAGAUGAUUUGUCGUGAUCGCAAUAGGCUAGUAAUAACCAUCACGAAGGAUACUGACGGAACUCCAUAAAUACCACACUGUCACCACAAGAGUGUUGGUGUUGAAGUGUCCAUGGCUGGUGUAGACUACUGCACAGUCCUUCCAUCCUGGGAGUUUGACAAGGACCCAGCUUGUGUUGUCUCUUACCUGUUUGAUAGUAUAGAUGGAUCAUUGGAGACCAGUGGGACAGAUUACAUCCCCCCUAAUAACUUCAUGGACAGCUGUUUGACCUUGGAAUGUGCCAGUAAUGACCAGCUGACUGGAGACUCCAGGGAACCUUGUACACUCUCCAUAACUAGUAAACCACAGUACCGAGUCAGUGUUCUAGGGGUGGACAUUAUCAGUCAAUCCAGGUCACUGGAGGUUUAUGACACCUGUGAGGGGUACAUGACAACAUCAAGGGGCAAGCGUAUGCCUUGCUUAGACGCAGAAGGUGGAGAAAACCAGAGUGACAUGUUUAGUUGUCGUGUCCGACUCAGAGAGACCUUAUUUGGAUUUACACUCAAGUUUCCUAGCACCAGUAACAUGAAGAGGUUCAAUAUCUACAACAUUGUGCUGAUCCUUAACCCAGAGGCAGAGGAUGUUGAUAAUGUAGAGGUUUCAUCGUCCUUCAACAUGGAUAAAGUCAAAAGUUUUGUGGACACAGAUACAAUGUCACCAGCAGCACAACAGCUCAUGAGAUCAGUGGAACAAUUCCAACUGAACAAAAAAAGUGCUGUGUCAGGUCUUCAAGGAAUGCUUGGUCAAACAUCACAGGCAUCUGCUGGCUCCCCUCGACCAGGAAUGAUGGAGCUAAUGGGUCUCAUGUCCAUGUUCUCUAACAUGUCUACUACAACCCAGUCUGGUUCACAGGGCAUCCAAAGAGACACCACACAAUCUGGCCAGUUAGGGUUUAGGGAUACUCCUCUGGUAGGUAACCACUCAGAUUCAAGGAAUAUUUCUGAAGCGGGAACAUCUAGAUUAGGAUUCCGGAAUAAUAAUGACGAUUUAAAUAAACCCUUAGUUACUAAUGAUAAAACAGAAACACAUCAUCAAACUGAUUCAACGUCAGCAAAUCAGGCAAAUAUGUUCGCAAUACCGUCACUGAAUGUAUCUGGAUCAAGAGAUUCUGCAGUAGGAUCAUUCCCUGAGAACUCUAAUGAUAGGGUGGAAGAAGGAGAUAUGUACCAGAUGUUAAAAAACAUAUGUGGCAAAGUGUCUCAGACCAGAACAGUUCAUCUUGAUGGGAACAACGAAACUCCGGAGAGCAGAACUGAUCAAAGCCUGUUGAACAACUCUCAAAGUCGGUCUGAAGAAGACACUGGGGAGGCAGGUCAAAGGUCACAGAAUGAUGAUACAGGAGGCCAGAAAUUUACACCGGACACAUUGAGGACAGUGGUGAAAAGCUGUAUGGGGGAGUUUGAACUCCGACUCCAGACCCAUUUAGAUGAAAGACUCUCUCAAAUUGAACAGAAACUGAAUGACAAACUUGAUAAAAUAAUGGAAGUGAUACAGACAGCAACAAUAGGCAGUUCUUCUUCACCACCUCAAACACCAAUAUGCAAUCACACCAACACAAUCACAAACACUAAGGAAGCAAAACACAAUUCUCAACAAGGAGCUUCACACAUACCCAGAGAGAAAGCAUCACAUGUAUUCACAGAGAGUAACAAAUCUAUGCACGCAGAGGAAACGGCACAGAAACCCUCAAAGGACAACACAAACUUAUACACACAAGUACAUACAAAUAUGCCCUCAGAGGAAGCAAAUGAACAAUCUUUAAAUAUGCAAACAGAUAGUUCAGAUUGUAGGUACCAUCCAAACAAUUCACCAGUUAUGAAUGAUGAAAACGGUGAAAAUUCUUGAAAGAUUGUGAUUGAAGCAGUAAACUAAACACACAAAAAAUCUUGGUAGUUCACUGGAAAUGUCUGACGGUAUUACGAAACAACAAUCCAGAGGGAAUUCCUAAUACUAACGGGCCAGUACUAAACAGGGGCAAGGAGGGCCACAGACUCUCGCACAUCUAUGACCAAGUGUUAAACAAAGCAUAGCCGAAUUGACUACAGUACAUUAUUACAAUCUUGUGUAUUGUUUGGUCUAUAAUCUGUUUACCAUCUUGUCACAUUGUUUCAACUUUAGUGUACAUAGGAUUAUAGUAGAAGCGAAUAUGUUGCUUGGUUCCUUACCAUCUCGUAUGCUUGGUACGUCAGUGCUAGUAGCUCCACACUGGACAUUUGUCUGAUGAAGGUGACCAUGUAGUCAUUAAAACAUCACACACUAAUCUGCUACUGGUUGUGUUAUAAGAACUUCUAUUUUCGAAAUUGGAAAAAAAUCAUAAUGGCUGCCAUGUCGUCAUAGGAUGAAAUCUUAAAAAGGGGAUACCUCAAAAAUCAUGUAAUUGUAUUAUUUGUAAAAACGCUGGGUGGCUAAUGUCUAGUGUCUUUAUAUUAUAACAAAAAGGUAAAAAAAAGUCCUUGCUGGUCGGUCAAAAGUCAAAUUUGUUUAACCUCUUUAUUUUUUCUUUACCUUUUUGGGAAAAUUGUUGCACUAAGGAUGUAAAUUUGAUGUACCAUUUACUAUUAAGGUUGUAUGACAAUUUGAAUCUUUCAUCUGUUCUUUGUAAAAUAGAAACAAUAUGAUAAAAACUAUGUGUGAGAAGAAUGUUGUGCUACACGUGGCUGCCAUUUUAACAUAAUGGCAUAAUGCAAUAUCAAAAUGGCCAACAUGAUAUCAUAUCCGUUUUUACCAAAUUUGCUAUAACUCAAAAACAGAUUAAUCUGUUUCAGUUAUGGAUACAUUUUGUGAAAACAUCAGAAAAACAUUUUCCACAUGAAUCACUUUAGUAACAAAGUUGAAAAGAAGAAAACUUCAUAAGUUCUACAAGGUCUAGAUUCUUGAUAAUUUAUAUGUAAGCUCUGAUUGUUGUCUAUCAAGUUUAUUAAAAUAAGUGACAUUGAGUCUUGAGUCUUGGAUUCUUACUCUCUUACUCAUAAUCAGGAGGUACAGGGUGAUGAUAUUUGGUUUGUUUUGUGGUAUCAAAAGUAAUAAGAAACUGGAGACCCAAGGGUCUAA